CUGCGGAAGUGUUCGAAUGUGCCAUUGCGCGAGAUUAGCGCGAGCUCCACGCUGCAUGAACUGAUCUACAGGCCUCUGCACGCGGCAUGUGAUGGAGUGGCUGCCAGAUGAACAAGGGCUCCAGCAGGUGCUUCAGCUCCUGAGAGACUCACAGUCUCCUAACACAGCCACACAGAGAGCUGUACAGCAGAAACUAGAGGAGCUGAACCAAUUUCCUGACUUCAACAAUUAUCUCAUCUUCGUCCUGACAAGGCUGAAAACUGAAGAUGAGCCGACUCGAUCUCUCAGCGGUUUGAUACUGAAGAAUAAUGUGAAGGCCCACUAUCAGAACUUCCCUCCCGCUGUCGCACACUUCAUCAGGCAGGAAUGUUUAAACAACAUCGGGGACCCUUCCCCGCUCAUCCGAGCUACUAUCGGCAUCCUUAUCACAACGAUUUCCACCAAAGGCGAGCUGCAGACAUGGCCGGAGUUACUGCCUCAGCUCUGCAACAUGCUCAACUCUGACGACUACAACACCUGCGAGGGUUCAUUUGGAGCUUUGCAGAAGAUCUGUGAGGACUCGUCUGAGCUGCUGGAUAGUGAUGCUCUGAACCAACCCCUCAACAUCAUGAUUCCCAAAUUCCUGCAGUUCUUCAAGCACUGCAGCCCCAAGAUCAGAUCUCAUGCCAUUGCCUGUGUGAACCAGUUUAUCAUUGGAAGAGCCCAAGCCCUGAUGGACAACAUUGACCUUUUUAUUGAGAGUCUGUUUGUGCUGGCUACAGAUGAAGACUCUGAGGUGAGGAAGAACGUCUGCAGGGCUCUGGUCAUGCUGCUUGAGGUGCGAGUCGACCGGCUCAUCCCACACAUGCAGAGCAUCGUAGAGUACAUGCUGCAGCGCACACAGGACCCGGAUGACAACGUGGCCCUGGAGGCCUGUGAGUUCUGGCUUACAUUGGCUGAGCAGCCCAUCUGUAAAGACGCCCUGUCUGGACACCUUGCACAGCUGGUUCCUGUUCUGGUGAAUGGGAUGAAAUACUCUGAGAUCGACAUAAUUUUGCUAAAGGGAGACGUGGAGGAGGAUGAGGCUGUGCCCGACAACGAGCAGGACAUCAAGCCACGCUUUCACAAGUCUCGUACGGUCACCCUUCAUCAUGAGGGAGAUGAGGGGGAGGAAGGAGAGGACAGCGGAGAUGAAGAUGACGACGACAGUCUGUCUGACUGGAAUCUACGCAAGUGUUCAGCUGCUGCCCUUGAUGUGUUGGCCAAUGUGUUUCGUGAUGAGUUGUUGCCUCAUCUGCUUCCUAUGCUGAAGGAUCUGCUCUUCCACCCGGACUGGAUCGUGAAAGAAUCUGGCAUUUUGGUGCUGGGAGCCAUUGCUGAAGGCUGUAUGCAGGAUAUGGUGCAGUACCUGCCUGAUUUGGUUCCUCACCUUAUCCAGGGUCUGUGUGAUAAGAAAGCUCUGGUUCGAUCCAUCGCCUGCUGGACUCUGAGCCGUUAUGCGCAUUGGGUGGUCAGCCAGCCGUCUGACUCCUACCUCAAACCCCUGAUGACUGAGCUGCUCAAACGCAUCCUUGACAGCAACAAGAGGGUGCAAGAGGCUGCCUGCAGUGCAUUUGCGACUCUAGAAGAGGAGGCCUGCACAGAACUGGUUCCCUACUUGAGCUUCAUUCUGGACACACUGGUUUUUGCCUUUGGCAAGUACCAGCACAAGAACUUGUUGAUUCUCUACGAUGCCAUCGGAACGCUUGCAGACUCAGUUGGGCAUCACCUUAACCAGCCAGAAUACAUCCAAAAGCUCAUGCCACCACUUAUUCAGAAAUGGAAUGAUUUGAAAGAUGAAGACAAAGAUCUAUUCCCCUUAUUGGAGUGUCUGUCUUCAGUGGCCACAGCUCUGCAAAGCGGAUUCUUGCCCUACUGUGAACCUGUCUACCAACGCUGUGUCACUCUGGUCCAGAAGAACCUUGCCCAAUCCAUGAUGUAUAACCAGCAGCCUGACCAGUACGAGUCCCCUGAUAAAGACUUCAUGAUUGUGGCACUUGAUCUGCUCAGCGGUCUGGCUGAGGGUCUCGGGGGUCACUUAGAACAACUGGUCGCCCGCAGCAACAUCAUGACCCUGCUCUUCCAGUGUAUGCAGGACACCAUGCCAGAAGUGAGACAGAGUUCCUUUGCACUCCUGGGAGACCUGACUAAGGCCUGCUUCCCUCAUGUGAAGCCCUGCAUCUCUGAAUUCAUGCCUGUCCUUGGACUCAAUCUCAACCCGGAGUUUAUAUCCGUUUGCAACAAUGCCACAUGGGCCAUUGGGGAGAUAGCUAUACAGAUGGGUACGGACAUGCAGCCAUUUGUGGCCUUGGUUCUCAAUAACCUUGUAGAGAUCAUCAACCGGCCUAAUACACCCAAGACCCUGCUGGAGAAUACGGCCAUUACCAUUGGUCGGCUGGGCUAUGUGUGUCCACAGGAAGUUGCGCCCAUGUUGCCGCAAUUUAUUCGUCCUUGGUGCACGUCACUUAGAAACAUUCGAGACAAUGAAGAGAAGGACUCCGCCUUCAGGGGCAUUUGCAUGAUGAUUGGGAUAAAUCCUGGAGGAGUGGUGCAGGACUUUAUCUUUUUCUGUGAUGCUGUGGCCUCCUGGGUUACUCCUAAAGAUGAUCUAAGAGACAUGUUUUACAAGAUUCUGCACGGCUUCAAGGAUCAGGUAGGGGAGGAUAACUGGCAGCAGUUCUCAGAACAGUUUCCCCCACAGCUGAAGGAGAGACUCACUGCCUGCUAUGGCGUGUAGAUUCCACACCUGCUGGCAUAGGAUGCAUCUAUUAGGUUAAAUCUACUGGAGGGUUUCUGGGGAACUCGGGGGGCCGACCUGCUGUUAGAGGGCAAAAGGCUUGAUUGUGUGUGAUCUGGAUUGGCUCCCCUUCCUGUGUCUCUGUAUAAGGGAGUUAAUGUGAAAUCAACAUUUUUGCUGUCUCUGAUUGGCUUCUCACUUGCUAAGAAUGGGAAUGAAACCAGAAGCUCAGGGAUUUUGAUUGGGAGGGAGGGAACGUUCAGGCAAAAUUCACCAGCUGCUUAUUUGAGGAGUGAAUAAAACAAUGCCAGCUACUAGUCCAGCCUUAGCAAAGCCAGGCUUAUCAGGUAGAUGCUAAGGAAGGCUGUGCCUGAACGAAAUACUGAAUGUUAUAUCUUAAAGGAUAGUUCACCCAAAAACGAAAAUGGUUUACAUCUAAUACUGUUGUUGCUCCAAACACACUUUUCCAUAUUAGAGGAGGAAAUGGUGAUUUACAUCUGACAAUGUGUUAUUUUCAUUUUUGGGUGCACAAUAACUUUAAAAGUUAAGAGUGAGACUGGUAAUUAAUUAACUAGUUUUAACCACAUAUGGGGUCGGCUAAUGACAAAGCAUGUGCUUAUUAUGAAGAAGGAGAUGACCUUUAAUUUCACAGCUAUUCCCAGUAGUAACUUUAGUACAUUAUCAGUCUUUUUUCUGUAUUUCCUGCCUGCUUGGUUAAAACAAAAACAACAACAACAAAAAAAACUUCAUUUUAGUGAGGGUUUUUUCAGUCCUUGAACAAUCUCUCUUGCUUUUCUCUCUCUAACCCCCCCGCCCCAACCCCCACCCCCAGUCCAGUUUAUUGAUCACAAUUAUACUGUAAUCGGUUAUAUAAACACAAAUAUAAUUUUUUAUGAUUCAUUCAACGGUUCAAACAGGUGCCAAUUUGUUUAUUUUCUCUGCUGAACUAAAACACGCAUAGCAAGGAGGGUAAUGAGCUUUAGUUUAUAAAGUCACAAGUAAUACUUUUUCGAUUUUAUUUUUAACAAUGAUUCCUUUUUUAGUGUCACUUGCAAAGGUUGAUCUAAAACCACCUCCAAGAAUUUACUGUAGACAAGGAACGAUUGCAUCCUCUGCUUUUUAAAUGUAUAGUAGGAAAAUAAUUGAUAGUGAUGAAGCUUAAACUUUAGUUACAGGUUUUAGUUGGAUGCACUUUCUAAUAACAGUAAGUUCCCCACCUCAAUGAUGGGAAUUUAAGUUAUGAAAGUAACAUUUUUGUGAACUGAAUGUGAGACUUGUGUAAGAAUAAUCUAAUCAAUUAAGUAUCACAUGCAAGCGAUGCAAGUUUGAAUAAAAGACGGCCAGCCAGCCUUUAUUAUAGCAUGUUAUAAAGGUUCUUCACAGCAUACAGUCAUAUUUUAAGACCGAUUGUGGAAAAACAUAUAGGCAGUGCAAUACAAUUGGAUGUGUUAUUCAAAUUGCUGAUACUGUUUGGAAUUUAUCUCCCAUGAUUUAUACAUGCGUAUAUAUAUACAUACAUACACACUUGUGUUUGAUACAUAAAAGCUCUUGUUUUGGUUUUAAAGCAAUAUCCACAUUUGUCUGUACAAGAGGAGAGUUGCUAACAACUGCAUCUUAAGGUUUCUCCUCUCAAUAUUAAACACUAGCUCUGACAAUCUUAACUUUUCAAUUCUUACGUCUUUGUAAGCUGUUCCUCCCUUUGGGGUUUAGUUUUUGUCAAAUUAAGUUGAGGAUAUAAUAAAUUAAUACAUUAAUGUGAGGUGGGCAAAUUAUUGUUAUAUUUGAAAUCAUGCUGUCGAGGAUUUUGAAUGAAUUAACUGAAAUUAGCUAAAUAGAAGUCAUAUUCUGAAUAGUGAAUGCACUGCUGCAUUCGCUCCUGUUAUUCUAAUUACCAUAUGCUGCCAAGCAGACCUGUUUUGCAUUCAUUUCAUUUUUUUAAUUUGUUUUAUUUAAUGCAUUUUAAGUUGAAAGUUUUUGUUUUACACAUGCUUUUUCAUAUAUUUUGUGCAUGCAUGCACAAAGGUUUUUUUUAGACUUUAAAAGUUUUUUUCUUUUCUUUUUGUUUAAAGAAUUUUAUUUUGUUUUAUUCAGACAGUUUAACCAUGUGGAAUGGAGAAAUGUCUUUGGCUUAUGAUUUUUAGAAAGUCUGCUGAAGCAUUGAUUUGUGUUUUCCCUUCACCCUUCUUAAAUUGGUUGACUUGUUUUUCCACUAAUCACCUAUUUUUACUCUUUGAAUGGGGGAAAUAAAUGUUUUCUGUCAAAAUAAAGCGGAGUUGCUUCUGUUUUUCUUGUUGGCACAUGAUCAAAUCUAUUUAUUAAACCACAGGAUUGUAGUUAUGUGUUGGUGUGGUAUGCAUUAAAGAAACUAUUGCAUGUAAUAUAAUAUUGUCACAUCAAAACCCACAUUGAAUCUGCUUGACAAUCAACUAAACUAAUCAUGUUUUAAUUACAGUUUAGACAUUGUUGUGCACCCAGACUUUUAAAAGUAGUAAUUUUUUGUUUAACCAUGUUCAAUAUGUAAAGUUGAUUCUUAAAGAUAAUUGGAGAAUAUGAUAUGACCCAUGAUGUAACACUACUAUUGCUACAGUAAUAUACAGCAAAAAACAUUCAAA